GAAGUGAGGAAGAGGAGGAAGCGAAUGUUGAACAGGCGAGCGCGCGAUGCCUAAUCUGUCCAUCAAUCAGAGCGGAGCGAGCACAGCAGCAGCAGGCAGGAGGAGGCAGGACAACUUCCUCACGACCAGCAGUUGUUAGAAACAUUGAAAAGCUGGGAGCAUGUCAGUGCUGGCGCUGCAGGAAUAUGAAUUCGAGAGACAGUUCAACGAGAGAGAAGCCAUUCAAUGGAUGCAGGAAAACUGGAAAAAGUCUUUCCUGUAUUCCGCUCUGUAUGCUGCAUUUAUAUUCGGUGGUCGUCACUUGAUGAAACAACGAGCGAAGUUUGAGCUGAGGAAACCCUUGGUGCUGUGGUCACUGAGCCUUGCACUCUUCAGUAUUAUUGGUGCUGUCCGUACUGGAGCAUACAUGGUAUAUAUCCUGACAACCAGUGGCUUGAAGCAAUCGGUAUGUGACCAAGGCUUCUACAAUGGACCGAUCAGCAAAUUCUGGGCGUACGCAUUUGUGUUGAGCAAGGCACCUGAACUAGGCGACACAUUCUUCAUUAUACUGCGGAAGCAGAAGCUCAUUUUCCUACACUGGUACCAUCAUAUCACAGUACUGCUUUACUCCUGGUAUUCCUACAAAGACAUGGUGGCUGGAGGAGGGUGGUUUAUGACAAUGAACUAUGGUGUGCACGCUGUCAUGUACUCCUAUUACGCUUUGCGGGCAGCUGGCUUCAGAGUCUCACGCAAGUUUGCCAUGUUCAUCACCAUGACACAGAUCACCCAGAUGCUAUUGGGCUGCAUUGUUAACUAUUUGGUGUAUGAGUGGAUGCAACAGGGUCAGUGCCCAUCACACAUGCACAACAUUGUCUGGUCCUCCCUAAUGUACCUCAGCUACUUUGUGCUCUUCUGCCAGUUUUUCUAUGAGGCCUAUUUGAGCAACAGCACCAGGAAAGCACUGAAGGCCGACUAGAACUGGAAGGUUGGAGGUCACAGCUCAGGGGCAUCAGUCACAUGGCACGGUGACAUGUAUCGAGUGCUUCAAAAUGGCAACCUGUAUCCAUUAGCUUGGUUUAAUCCAUUUAAGCUCAUGACACCUCAGUGAGAUCACCCUUAGAAGUUUCAAAAUAGUAAGGAAGGCAUUACUUUAGGUGGGCGCAUAUGUGAUGCAUUGCAUAUUUGGGCUGUAACAGGUGCUGUUAAGUGUCAAUAUGGGUGUUUUGUGAUCUGAUUUUUUUUUAAACUGGAUCAACUGAGGUACAAAAAAAGAGCUAAAGGUUUAAGCCAAUUAGUGUUGAAUCUGAAGGUCUUCUGAAGGGCAGCUAGAAGAACCAAAAGCUUCAAGAAAAGGUUAAUGAUUUAAAAAGAACUUUUUUACAUUAAUCAAAAAUAAAUGGUUCUGCACUGAUAAGAUUACUAGCAACUUUCUGACCCACAGUGUCCCUGACCAUAAAAAAUAUAAUAUUCUGCCUUUAGAAAUACCCACAUUUUUUUAAAACAUGCAAUGUUGGAGAACAUUUGCAUUUGUGUUUUAUGGCCUUUUGAGAGCUACUAUUUGAACUAUAAAGUUAUUCUGCCUAAUAGAAAUGAGGGAUUUAACUAAAGACAAAAAUGUUGUCACAUUUUAGAAGUAUCAAAGUACAUCUGCAGGAAAAAAGUUUUUUGUCAGUUGCAAUUUAAUUUUUCAUGUAUUUCAUUCCUGUAGGUUGAAAUGAGGCUGUUUGAUAAUAGUUUGAUAUUAGUAACCAUAUGAAAUAUUUGUAUCUAUUCUUUUAACAGGUUAACUUUUUUCAAAGCUUAACAAAAAUGUAAUGGGCUGAAACAGAGGGCAAAGAAGUUUCAUGCAAACACAUUAAUGAGUAUACUGAUAUCGUACAGUGCGGUUUCAGUGCACACUUGUUGAUUGGAUAAGGUAAAUUCAUAAAUCUGCAGCAUUCACCUGUCAGUUGUGAUUAAGCCUAUGGUGAGAUUUAAAGCUUCUUUUCUUGAUUUUCAGCUUCUCUGUUUAUUUUCCAUUCUGAGUUGCAUAAAACUGUUUGAGUACAUUGGUUCCUUCCCAAACCAUUCUUGGAACUUCCCAGGCUGUAUUCAACCCCUCUCUAAUUCUAUUGCUUACUUAGUUGUAUGAAUAUCUUUGCCACUAUUUCUGAAAUUCUGUAGCUUCUCAGAGUGAUGUUUAUGCUAUUUUUCUGCUAUUUCAUCUUUUCUUCAUUCUUGUCAAUAUAUAAACACUUAGAGCUAUGGGUAUUCACUAUAUUACUACAACAAUCUAUAACAGCUUGAAUGGUUGAUUAAGAAACUUCAGAAUAAUCAAAAAAGACUGAUGGGACCACAUAUGUACACAGAAAAGAAUUUGGGUUCUACAAAGAUCUUUAUAUAAACAAGCUGUGGGAUACUUUUACAGAUAUUUUUACUUGUAUUUUUUGAUACUGUGGUCUUAUUGAUAAAUGAUUUAAUGUAAAUAAAUUCUGGGGCACAGGAGCUUUGAGAGAUUAUUUAAUCUUUAAUCUGCUAAUUAUAAGACAUGAUGAUUUUCAUGAUUUUGAAAUAAGAUUCUACAUGUAACAGCAUUUAUCAAGUUAGGAUACUUGUUCUUAAACACACAAGCUUUUCCCACUUCAUGCUGUGGUGGUUUUUGGAAAAAACAUUUGAACCAGAGCCAAAGUAAUGUGACCUGCUGUGAAUUCUCAACUGCUGAUGCUGUAACACCUAACAAUAAAUAUUUCUAAAGUUG